AAAAUUCCCCAGAAAAAAAAAAAAAAAAGAAAAACUUUGUCUCUCUCUCUUCAACAGCCGUUUGGCAGACGAUAGAAUGGCGAAGUCAAAAAGUCCAUGUGGGUGUAUUGGAUUGGUUUCGUCGCAGUCUACUCCGGAUUUCCAUAAAUACUCUCACUCUCCACACAAUUUUCUUUCAUUCUUCUUCUUCCACCGCUUCGAGCUCCUCUCUCUCUCGCCUCAUUAUUGGACCCUUUUCCAGUUCGGUUAAGAUCCUAAUUUAAGGUGCAGUUUCUAUUGAAAAUCUAAGUUCAUUUGGGAACGAAGAUUUCAAGUUUGAACUUCUUGUGAAAUUCAACGAGAUGGCUGAUGGAUCUGAACAUAACCCUAUCAUAGAGGAUGAGAAGACAAAGUUUGAACUUGAUUCUGAAGCUGUUAAGCUAGAAAAAGAGGUCGGGAAAGAAGAUCUAGAGGUCAAGAUCAAGAACAAGGAGGCAAAAUAUGAAGAUGGAAAAAAAGAGAAGACAGAGGUUGAGCUUGAACUCAAGUCCUCGUCGGUGCGAAAAGAGAAAACAAAGGAUAAAAAGGAUAAGGUAGGUGAAGAUUCAGAAACUGAGGGGAAGAAGAAAAAGGAAAAGAAGAAAGAGGGAAAGCACAAGAACAAGGAUGAAGACAAAGAUGAAAAGGAAGAAAAAAAGAAGAAGAAAGAUGAGGAUGAUGGAGAAGCAGAGAAGAAAGAAAAGAAAGAUGAAAAGCACAAAGACGGGAAAUCUGGGGAGAACGACAAAGGGAAGGAAAAGAAAGGAAAGAAGAAGAAAGAUGAGGAUGUAGACAGUUGCGAAAUGGAAGAGAAGAAAAAAGAAAAGGACAAGAAAGUGAAGAAAAAGGUCGAGGACGAAGAAGACGAUGAUAAAGAAGAGAAGAAGAAGAAGAAGAAGAAGAAAGAAGAGAAGGAUGAGAAGAGUGUUGAAGUGAAUGAAAAUGAUGGAGAGCAGAACAGAGAUGAGGAUGAUGGCAAAGAAGAAAAGAAGAAGAAUAAAGAAAAGAAAGAAGAGAAGAAAAAGGACAAGGAUGGGAAAGUAAAGGAGAAAGGAGAGAAGAAGAAAAAAGAUAACAAAAAGUUAGAAGGUGAAGAAAAGGAGGACAAAGAUGAGAAGAAAAAAGACAAGGAUGAAGCAGAAGAUGAAAAAGAAGAGAAGAAGAGAAAGAAGGAGAAGAAGAAAGGGAAGCACGAGGGCGAGGAAGACGAGACUGAGACUGAACCUCAAGCUUCCAGCACGAGGGAAAUUGAAAUUAAGGAAUCUGAGAAUGAAUCAAAGGGAGAAGAGGAGAAGAAGGACAGUGAAAAGAAGAAGAGCAAGAAAGAUAAGGAAGAAAAGAAGAAGAAACUUGAUGGGAAAGGCAAAAGCAGAGAUGUAGGGAAAUUGAAACAGAAGCUAGAAAAGAUUGAUGUUAAAAUAAAUGUGUUACUGGAGAAAAAGGCAGACAUUAUGAGGCAAAUAACAGACGCUGCAGACGCUGAAGAUGCUCAGAAAUCUACGCAAGUGCCAUAAUUCGGAGGUUGCUGUUGCACUUGCUGCUAUGUUGUUUUCACAACGAUCGUGUAAUAUUAUAAUAUGACCUUAUUUCUAAGGUUUUCCUUGUCUUUGUUUCAAUGAGUGCAUGUGUACUGUGAUAUAUAGAUGGUUCAAAUACUAUUUUGUCCCUCUACUAGUUCAUUUUAGUC